AUGGGAUAUUCCGAGAAAUCAUUUCUGAUCAGGCAGUGGGAUGAGUACAAAGGGUUCUGGGCGGAGAGGUUCUCGUUUCUGGACAACUACUCGAGGUUCGUCAAGCGCGACAAGCCCCUCCCGUCUUGGUCCUCCGAUGACGUCCAAGAGUUCAUCGCUUCCGAUCCCCAUCACGGUCCCACUCUGAAAACUGCUAGAGAAGCAGCAUCCUUUGGUCUCACCGGGAGCCUUCUUGGAGCAGUAUCAACUGCUGCUUUUGCCUGGAAAUACUCAAAGAGCUUACAUGGUGCUGGGCUGUCCUUCGUUGCAGGCGGUGCCUUUGGCUGGACAUUCGGUCACGAAGUCGCGAAUCACUGGUACCAGCUUUACAGGAUGGACACCAUGGCUGCACAGGUCAAGUUCUUGGAGUGGUGGGAAAAGAAAUCUGAAGGGCAGUCGUAA